AAAAAGAAUGGAUUCAUCAAAGAAGUCUAAUAAAAUUACUGACAUUGUUAGACUUCAACAAAUCCUCAAGAAGUGGAAAAAACUUGCAAAUGCACCCAAAAACAUCAACAAAACUUCAACCAUUUCUUCCAUUACUUCUUCUAAUUCAUCAAAUACUACCAAUAAAAGCAUCAAGUUUCUAAAGAAAACCCUCUCUUUUUCUGAUGUUUCAACUGCAGGAGCAUCCAACGACGUCGUCCCGAAAGGGUUUUUAGCGGUUUGCGUGGGGAAAGAGUUGAAGAGAUUCAUCAUUCCCACAGAGUAUUUGAGUCAUCAGGCAUUUGGGAUAUUACUGAGAGAAGCUGAAGAGGAGUUCGGGUUUCAACAAGAGGGAGUGCUGAAGAUUCCAUGUGAAGUCUGUGCUUUUGAGAAGAUCUUGAAGGUGGUUGAAGAGAAAAGAGAUGUGCUUUAUUUACAUGAAUUAGGGUUUUAUAUAGAGAAAGAUAUGAUUGGUUGUUGCUCUUCAGAUUGUGAGUUAACACCUUCUCAUCAUCCUCAAAUAUGUAGAUGAAUUAAUGGUUAAAUAAUUAAUCUUGAAGAUGUGUUUAAUUUCUUCAAGAACCAACUCUUCUUUUUUCUUUGUUGGGUUUUUUGCUUUUAUUUUACUUUUUUGUGAAAGGAAAUUUAGAUAGAUAUAUGAGUGAGAAUUUAGAAGGAGAAAGUAGAGUUGAAUAAGGUAGAGUGUUUAUGUCCAUUGAGAAAAUAUUCACCAGCUGGAUUAAUUUCUAUUAUCAUCCAGGUGAACUUCAUGUAUCUACCAUUACUUUUGUGCAAAGGAAAUUGAGUUAAUUUUCUUUU